AUCAUCUGGGAUUGUGCCGUCGCGUGUGUCGUAUUGAGCGUCAAGUUCCACCGCGAUGUCUUCCCGCCGCAUUACCUGAUCCCAGCGCGCGAGUUUGGCAUGCUGGCUCCUCAUUCAAUGUCCUACGAUGACCUCGAGGUCGCGCAGUGUGAUAUCCUGGGUGCACUGUCUCACUCGGUAGGCUGUGUCACGCCGGGACAGUAUCUGCAGGACCUCUGGCUCGCGUUGCCGAGCUUACGGACCUUACUCGCUUUCGACAAGGGGUGGGAGACGGCGCAAGAGGAGACGUGGGCCAUCUUGUUAGAAGCGUUCAUGCAGCCAGGCAUCCUCCGCUUCCCUACUUCUCUGCUUACAGUCUGCGCGCUCAUCGACGGCUGCGUCGACGUGCUCAUCGAGCGUUACAAGGUCAAAUUCCAAUCGUCGAACGCAUUCAAUAGCAGACGCAGGCCAAGCACCGGCGCAGGCAGUCUCAUACGCAAGGAUCGCAACGAAGACCUCAGGAGAAAAGCCUCGAAGGCGAUCCACAACCUCAAGAUGGACAUGCAGGAGCUUCUCGGAUACACGGAGGUGUGUCACAAGCUAAUUCUUGGUUUGGUCGUCUUGUUGACGAUAAGUAAGGCUGAUGUGCGGUACUGUCGAUUUUGGCUGAGGUCUGCUCCAUGA